AUGAGUGCCAGAACAGACGUUGAAGCCACCCAGAACCAGCUCUCGUCUGGUGUCACGCCCGAGUCGCUCAAGGCCACCCUGUUUGAGAAGCUCGAGGCACAGCACGUAGACAUCCAAGAUCUGUCAGGUAACUGCCAUAACAUCCAUCUGCUCUUCGCAAACACUUACAUGAUGUUAGGUGGAUGCGGCCAAAUGUUCGAAGCCAUCAUCGUUUCACCACAGUUCGAAAAGAAGACGUCGCUCGCCCGCCAUCGCCUUGUCAACAACACCCUCAAAGCCGAGAUUGCUGCCAUCCAUGCCUGGACGCCCAAGUGCAUGACCCCUGCCGAGUGGGAGAAGAAGAAGGGUUCCCUCUGA